UUAACACUCAGCUAUAAUUGUUCAAAUUAAGCCUUCCCUGCCAUCGCCCAAUAUGGCCAUCUUCGACGCCACCGCCAGCAGCGAGCAGGUCAUCGAGGCCUUCAGCUCCCAAAUCGAAGGCAAAACCUUCGUCAUCACCGGCGCCAGCAAGCUCAGCAUCGGCAACAAAAUGGCCACCUCACUCGCCAAAGCCGCACCGGCACAUAUCCUCAUCGCCUCCCGCACCCUCAGCAAUGUGCAGCCCGUGCUAGACGAGAUCCAAGCGAUCGACAGCAGCAUCCAGACCACAGCAAUACAGGUAGACCUGACCGACCACGACUCCGUCCGACGCGCCGCAAAUGAGAUCCUCGCCGCAGCCCCCAAAAUCGACGUCUUGAUCAACAGUGCCGGCGUGAUGGCAAUCAAGGAAUACACACUCGAUAAGCAAGGAUUCGAGUACAAUCUCUCUGCCAACCACCUGGGCCAUUUCCUCCUCACCAAUCUACUCGUUCCGGCCCUCGAGGCUGCUGGAACAGCCCGCGUCGUAAACCUGACCAGCACAGCCUACCUCAUCACACCCUUCCGCUUCGAGGACUGGAACUUUUCCGAAGGCAGAGAAUAUGACCACUGGACGGGGUACGGGCAGUCCAAGACAGCCAAUAUCCUCUUUGCAUACGGAUUGACCCAACACCUGAAACAUCGUGGAAUUUCGGCAGUGGCAGUCCAUCCGGGGUAUAAUCAGCACACCAACCUGGGCGUGAAUCUCACCACGGAUGACUUUGUUGAUCUUUUCCCACUUGUGAAGCGCAAUACGGGUAAGGAGUUCGUGUUCGAGGAGCCUCGGUUUAAGGAUUCGACUCAGAUUGCGGCGACCCCGUUGAUUGGGGCUCUGGAUCCGGAUUUGCAGGAAAAGGCACCGAUGUAUUUGCAGAAUAGUGUGGUUAGUGAGACGGUGGAGUAUACGUGGGAUUCUGAGUGUGUCGAGAGGCUGUGGAAGUUGAGUGAGGAGUUGGUUGGGCAGGAGUUUCGGUAUUAG